GCGAGCGCGCCGAGAGCGCACGCGAGUGAGUGAGUGAGUGCCAGUGGGGCCAAGCCCAGCCUUCUAACCAUAAUCAACGGAAACAUUGAACCCCAGAUGGGAGUUUACGAGGACAGGGGAGCGAUGCACUGGCAGCAACAGAACGAUCGGUACCUGUCAUCGUACGAGGGCGGCGGGUCGCUGUCGCCGGCGGCGCCGGCCGCGUCGCCGGGCUCCCCGCGCGACUGCACGUCCUGCCGCAAGCGCGAGCCGCCAGACGAGCCCCCGCCGGACGACUGCGCGGGCUGCGGCGCGCGCAUCACCGACCGCUACUACCUGCUGGCGCUGGAGCGCCGCUGGCACACCCCCUGCCUGCGCUGCUGCGAGUGCAAAAUGCCUCUCGACUCCGAGCAGCGCUGCUACGCCAGGGACAGCAAUAUAUUUUGCAAGAACGAUUAUUUCAGAUUAUACGGUUCAAAACGCUGCGCCCGCUGCAACACGGCCAUCUCGGCGUCGGAGCUGGUCAUGAGGGCCCGGGACCUGGUGUUCCACGUGCCCUGCUUCUCCUGCGCGCUCUGCAGUACACUCCUCACCAAAGGAGACACCUUCGGCAUCAGGGACUCGGCGGUCUACUGCAGGUUACACUACGAGACGAUGCCAGAGUACGGACCCCACCUGGCGGUGCCCGGGCCCCCGCAGCUCUGCCCGGGACCCUACGUGCCCCCCGCCCACUACCCCCCGUACCCCUCCCCCGAGUUUCGAGGAGGGGAGGAUAAGGGGUUUUUCAACGGUGCCGCCGCGCCGCCGCCGAGACAGAAAGGACGGCCGCGGAAGAAAAAGCCAAAGGACCAGGAGAUUAUGACCGCGAAUCUUGAUCUGAACCCCGAAUACUUGGAGAUGGGCUUCCGCGGCGGCGGCAGCCUGGGCUCAACCUCGCGCACCAAGCGUAUGCGCACCAGCUUCAAGCACCACCAGCUGCGCACCAUGAAGUCCUACUUUGCGAUCAACCACAACCCGGACGCGAAGGACCUCAAGCAGCUCAGCCAGAAGACGGGGCUACCGAAGAGGGUGCUACAGGUGUGGUUCCAGAACGCCCGCGCUAAAUGGCGCCGCAACAUAAUGCGGCAAGAGACGAACCCCACCCCCCACUCCAUCCAGCCCCCCACCCUCCUGCUGGAGCUGCAGACCCUCGACGAGAACCACCAUCCUGCGCCCUUCACCGACAUGUACUAACGAAGGUGGGCAAAGACGGGGCUAAGUUCAAUGUGGAACCGAGCAUGAGUAAAACAUGUGCUUAAAAAUAUCGGAAAUAUUGUGGGCAAAGAUACAAUUUUUGGGGACAAGUUAUGGGUGUGUCUGUCUGAAUGUCAUUUUCUAGCUUACAAGCUGUGUGAUGGAAUG